AUGUCAUCAUUAAGCCAUGAUUAUCAACAACUCGGUGAACCAUAUUUUGAUAAUACUCCUGCCUUGGAAGAUUUUCUCGUGUACAUGGAAGAUUUAAUGGAAAUCAGGUACAACAGAGUGUACCUUAUGCCCUUGAGCGAGACGAGAAGAAUUGCCACCAUAAGUCGCUUCUUAGAGUUACACACAUUUAUCAUAGAUGGCCUCGCCCGAGACAUGCUUGCAGAUGGAGUAAUAAUACCGACGGGUGUGGUGCCUGCAGACGAGUCAUUCGUGGCAAGUUUGGAGAUCAAGAAAGCUAGUGAAGAGUUGGCUAAUAGCGGUGAAGUUUGUUCGGUUUGUCUUGAAGGGUGGAAAAUAGGAGACGAUGUUAAGUACUCGCCUUGUAAACAUUGUUUUCAUCCUGGUUGUGUUGAUAAGUGGUUCAAAAUCAAUCACUUCUGUCCACUUUGUCGAUUCGAGUUGCCGGCGGCGAAAAAUGUUAGAGGUGUUUGA